GCCACAAUCUCUCACCCACCUCAAGCAAAAACAACCAGAAAUAUUCAAUCUUUGUCUCUUAUCUUUGAAACCCAUUUCAUCAUUUCUCCUGAAUCUUUCUCAAGAACAGAGCAAAUGCCGCUUGUUAGACUCCAAGUUAGGAACGUCUAUGGUUUAGGGCAACCGGAGCUUCACACCAAAGUCGAUCGUGAAGACCCUAAAGCGAUUCUCGACGGCGUCGCCGUUUCUGGACUCAUCGGGAUCUUGCGUCAACUUGGUGAUCUCACCGAGUUUGCAGCAGAGAUAUUCCAUGGAAUACAAGAGGAGGUAAUGAUUACGGCAUCAAGAAGCAAUAAAUUGAAGAUGAGACUGAAGCAAAUAGAAGCUAAAGUUCCUACAAUCCAAAAGACAGUGCUUGCACAAACAAAUCACAUUCAUUUUGCAUACACUGGAGGUCUUGAGUGGCAUCCUCGUAUACCAAAUGUGCAAAAUCACUUUAUAUACGACGACUUGCCACCGUUUAUUAUGGCUCCAUAUGACGAUUGCCGGGAACCUCCGCGGUUGCACUUGCUCGACAAAUUUGAUAUAAAUGGUCCAGGGUCUUGUUUGAAGCGAUACUCCGAUCCUACUCAUUUCAAAAGAGCUUCUAAACUUCCAGAAAUGAAGAAGAAAAAAUCUAUACAACGCGGUCGAGAUAUAUCAAGUCUUGCCUCUGUGGCUAACCAGAGUGACAAGAAGACAUUUACUUCUUUAAGCUUCAGUGGACGAACCUCUACCUCUAAAACUGCUUCAACGAUUGAAAUCGAGUCGAAAUCCGACUUGCAAGAUCAUCGUUCGUUUUCUUUUGAUUCAAGAAGUGGUGGAGAGAAACCGAAGGGUGUAUCUUCUACUUCAAGGUUUACACCGGGUGUAUCUCGAACCAUUGCGUCAGUUCUUUCUGAAAGUGAAAGUGAAGACACAAAUGAUAGUCCUUCUCAAGAUCUAACUGCUCGCGGUUCUUCUUGCGUUAGUUGGCACGAGAAAGCUGAGAUAGUGGAAUGCAAUGUUCUGCAAUGUGCAACAGAUGAAGCUCCAGAAGCAAUGGAAACUAACUUUCUCGUGGAUGCUGAACCUGUAUCAAGACUGAAAGAACAUACAGCGGUUGAAGCGGUCCAAGAUAUUGAACCGAAGGAAUUGGAAAUGGACAGUCAGGAUGAAACUGAAAGCGAAGGGGACAAUUUUGUUGAUGCUCUUUACACCAUCGACUCGGAAUCUGAAAAUGAUCAAGUUUUCCAAACCACUAAAGAGGUGCAGAAGAAUCUUUCCAAUGAGACUACAGAGCAAGAAACAGAGAAGAUUUCUAACAACUUUAGUGUUGAUGAGACAAUAUGUGCUGCUACAUCAGAGCUACAUUUAUCAUCACCAGUAAAUAAAUCUAAUGAACUGAUUCAUCAAGAUCCAUGGGCGGCUUCGGAAAUAAGCAGUGGCACUCAUAGUUAUUCUAAUGGCUUCUCAAAUCCCUUGUAUGAUAUUAGCGGUAUUCAAGAACAUCAAGAAUCAGAAGAAACUGAGACUUCUUGUGACGCCGAAUCCAUUAAAACAUGGACUAAUGGAAAUCUGCUGGGACUGAAACCAUCGAAACCGAAGAUUAUAGCAGCAACUAUUCCAGAGAUUGUUGAAGACAUUGAUUCUGAAACCUUCCAAGAGCCCUUGAGAGAAGAUUAUAAGGCUCCUUUUGAUUGGUUUACUUCAUCUCCUCCACUUGAUCACAUGAAAAUAUCAUUCAAAUCCGCAGAAACCUUGCCGAGCUCCAAACUAGAGCUGAAACUUCCAGAUGAAUAUACAUUUUCUUCCUUUCAGUUGGUUCCAGAUACUAUUGCUACAUCACUUCCUGAUUCUGAUUCAGACAAGGACACUUUCUGUAGAUCCUCUUCUUACAUUUCAGAUAACAGCGACAAUGACAAUCGCUCUGUGUCAAUGUCUGAGCAGCAGUGGGAAGAAGAAUCAGACGGUAUCCGAGAAAGCAAGAGCCAACAAGAGCUCUAUGAUUCUUUUCACAGAAUCAAUGUAGAAGCUUCUUCUCUAUCAGCUCCAUUUCCAAAGAUUGAAACAUCAAAUGGUUGUUUAGAUGGAAAUGUCUCUUACCUCCAAAAUCCAGCUGAGCCGUUGCCACCGCCUCUCCCACCGUUACAGUGGAUGGUAUCAAAGAUACCGUCAGGGAGAUUCGAGGAUAACAACAAGCAGUCUCUAAAGGAUGCUCUCAUACAGGCAUUUGAGAAGAACAACAAUUCUUUAACUGCAGUCAAGAAAGAAGAACCAAACAUUGUCACUGUUUCUGAUCCUAAACCGGAAAACAAGGUACAUUUGAAGAACAAUGUGAGGGAUUAUAAGCAAAGUCAAGGCAACAAAAAAGAGACAGAUGCUGGUGACUUCUUGCAUCAAAUCCGAACCAAACAAUUCAACUUGAGACGUGUGGUCACGACAAAGACAUCAUCAUCAGAAGCUACAAUGAACACCAAUUUUAGCGUGAUUUUAGAGAAGGCAAACUCUAUCCGACAGGCUGUAGCAAGCGACGAUGGAGAUGGCGAAAGCGAUACAUGGAGCGAUAGCGACACGUGACAACAAGUGCAGUUCACCACAUUCAAUCCGUUUUUCAUAUGUUUAUUGUGUAGUAGAUAUAGGUCGAUUUUGUCGUACUAUAUUUGUAUCUUCAACAAAGAGAUAAGGUUCUGAAAAAUAAAAUAAUUAUAGAAUA